GAUCCUACAGAAGUUUCCAGGAUGUUGCUGAAAAGGCGGCCCGCAAUUUUCGUCUGCUUCAUCUUCGCAUUCGUGUUUUUAACUUCAUUGAUGACGUCCGUGUAUGUCUUCAACGACCUGACAGUUUUAGUUCAUCGCCAACCACAAAAUGAUGGACUUUCUAAGAGUACCAUAGUGGUCCAUGGUGUCGACCAGACAGAAGCUGAACGUAUUCAGCACCAAAGACGGACACGUGCACAAAGAGUCUGCAAAAACAUAUUAGGACUUAAACCAGUCAAUAUUUUGAAGGACCAUCUAAGAUUUCCCCGACCAAAGUAUGAGAACCAAUGGCGUAGCUUGACUUACUUACUGGAUGAUCGAAAAGUCGCAUUCUGCUUAGUGCUUAAGGCAGGUUAUUCAAACUGGCUCAGAUUCAUAUCAAGCAUCACGACAGAAGGGGUGGCCAAGUUGAGUAAAUGCUUGGGUAUUGAUACUUUUGAUGAAAUCCGACCAAAGCUCAAGGCCUACAAGAAAGUUAUCUUUGUCCGCAACCCAAUCAGCCGUCUGCUGUCCGGAUACGUGGAUAAAUUUGUUAACUUACCAAAUCAAGUCGUCACCCAAAUGUCGAGGGACAUCAUCAAGAAAGUUCGUGGGAAGGCCAUCCCUAAGAGUCGGCGUCCAGACCUGACAUUCCCGGAGUUUCUGCACUACAUUUCAACAACAAAAGAAAUAUUGAACCCCCACUGGCUACCUAUUCAUGAGCUAAAAGUACCCUGUGACAUUGACUAUGAUUUCAUUGGAAAGAUUGAAACUGUGUCUCGAGACAUCGAAUACAUGAAAUCGCUGUACAACAUAAGCAAGAGCGCCGUGUAUCCGCAAGCGUAUAUCUCCGACACGAAGCGAACCGAACUUAUGGUAAAUUAUUACCGCAAUAUAACAACCGAGACUCUCGAGAGAGUCAUACAAAAAUACAAAAUGAUUUCCUCAUUUUCGGGUAUCCUUUGCCAAAAGAUGCAUCAAAUAUUUCGGAAUAUAUUCAAAACGAUAUGAAAGCAUACGACCAAUAUUGCCUCUGAUUGAAAUGAUUGUGAAAUUACAAAAGUCAAAUAAAUAAAAUUUUAAUUGGAAAUACUAACCACCUCCAUUCUGAGAACGACAGAAGACUUGGCCUUACAAGUUUAGGUGUGUAAAGAGUGGAUCUGGAGCAUACACAGUUAGCCUACUGUGACAAGUAGAAUAAUUCACAUCCGGGUACUUUUCAUUUAUUCAUACUCACCUUUUUAAUUACACCGGUUAGCGCGCCCUCAUCGGCCGCAAGACGUCAGAGGGUCAAUCUUUCCUUUGACGUCGGAGACUUAACAUCACAUUAUUUUCUCCGUCUUCCUUUCAGGUAAUUACCAUUCUAUUUUCCAUCAAUUCCUCUUGUAUAAAUUAUUCGUAGAGUUUAGCUUAUUUUAUGACAUGUUUCUUUUUGACAAGAGAACGGUUUUCUAGAGUUAAUUUACUUAGUUUUGAGUCGGGAAAGAAAACUCCCGUAGUAGAUAAAUUUCUUUUUGAUUUGAAUUUCCUCAAGUCUCCUCUCUUAGAUUUUGUUAAUAGUUUUGCAUUACUAGAGUUCGGAAGUAAUGUCGUACUUAUUUUCUUAUUUAAUGUUGUAAAUAUUGCUGAUUUUGCGGAGUUAUCCUCUAAUUUUGGUUCAAAUCCCCAUAGCGUUUGCACAGCGUUUUUGUUCAGGCCCCUACUCCUAAAGUAU